AUGAGGCCCUAUAAAAGGGUGCAUCACGGGCCUAGGAAUAAAUCAGGAAUCAUGCUCUCUAAGAUUGUUUUCAUUGCUUUUAUUCUCGGUCUUACCGUAUCCUUACCUACAAAAAGGGACUCCUCUCAUAAGCUACUUCGUUGCCAGGAUGGCUGGAUGCGUUACCACGAUUCAUGCUACUAUAUGGAAUUAAAAAAGAUGGAUUUCACACGAGCUGAGAUCAGUUGUGCGGAAAGAGGAGCAAAACUAUUCGUAGCGGAUACUGUAGAGGAAUGGCUGGAAGUGAUGAUGCAUUCACCGCUGAACUAUUGGACAUGGGUUGGACUCCGAUACGAGGAUGAGGUGAAGGAGGCGAAGUGGAGAACAGAAGCCGACGGAUUGGAAGUCUCCAAACUGGAUUGGCUGAGCUCACCGAGAAGUGCUGAGAAUAACGGUAUGAACACGGUGGCUAGAUGCGUCGGUCAUUAUAACUGUGAAGUCGGGAACUCGUACACAUUUUACUAUUCGUGCGGCAUGGAAUUCUACUCGAUCUGUGAGAAGAACGCUACUUUGGUGGAGAAACGAGCGGAUGAGGUUUAA